AUGAGUAUCCAAAUAAAUUCUCCACAACGUUCAAACUCUAUAGGCCAAGAUGGGACCAUGCCCACACUUUCUCCGCUCUAUAAAAAGCGUCAGAGGACCAUUUCCCAGUCGAAAGGGUCUCCAGACAAAAUCAAAAAUUCGCCCGACUUAUUCUUAGAAACAGACACAACAGAACAACAACCAACACCAAAACGAAGAAACACAAUCAAAAAAUUGACUGACAUGAUAAAAACAUCAACUAAUUUUAGAACACGAGUCGACAUCGAAUCAGUGGGGUUAACAGACUGUAUACCCACCCAUGUGCUCGAUUUGGCACAUGAAGUCGUCGAAGAAAAAUUCAUCAAUGAAAGUGUCAUGGAAAAUGAUGUCGACGUCCUAAUGAAGGAAAUCAUCCCGUCCUCCGACGCGUGGAAACAGUCGAAGAGUGAAAAAGAGAUGUCGACCAAAUUUGGGAAACUGCUUUUGAAAUGCUUCACACACUCAAUUUAUAUCUUCGAGGACGAGACACGGUGCGGGAGAGUUAAAAUACCAUACACAGAGUCGGACGUUGUCGAGUGCAGAAUUUGUGUCCACGCAAUGGAAGUCACACACUGCGAGUUACUCCGAUGCUUUGUUAAAUAUCUUAAAAGGCUGCGAGAUGCAAAUGAAAAUUUCAUGCAGAUGAUAUGUCGAGUGAUGGUUUGUGGUGGGUUUGUGAGGACAAUGUCUAUCGACUUGUUACUUCGAAUUGGGUGUUUCUUAGAUUUGUGUAAGAAUAAGGAACAAGACGUUUUUGAUCUCCAAUCAAGAGAACCAUUUUAUAUUGUAAGUGGAAGAACGUUGGUCAUCACACAUUGUAGCAACGAAGUCAUGUUACAAAUAGUGUUUAGUCGUAUCAAUCAGUUUGGACAGUUCUUAGAGGAUUACAUCCAGUUCACUCCUUACAUUGCAGACUUCCCAACUACUUUUGAAAGUUUUGUGAAGGUACUGGACCAACUGGAAAAGGACUCGAAAGACAUGAGAGUGACGAAAGAGUGGAUUGCGUUUGGAGUGAACCGAUACGAAAAGAUGAUCAUGACUUGGCUUGAUAUCAUGGGCAACGCAAUACGAGAGCAAUGCGCCUAUUUGUUUGAAAGAGUCAAAGCCGUGUUAGUUCGAAGCACUUUAAUGACGCAGAAGUUCAAAGGCGAGUUGACGGAGACACUAAAGAAAUACGCAGAGCCAAGAACAAGUUUAUCGAAAAUGAGUCCUUACACUAACAAACACGUCGAAUCACUUUUUGACCAGAAGCGCGCAAGUAUAGUGAGAUCCCGAAUCACUCUUAAGAACGUCGAAGAGAUCAAUCGGAUCAUAUCGACCGUCAAAAAGGCGUUUUUCGAUAUGGAUAAGAAAGUCUUUGCGCAACAGGUGAUUCUAUUUGACCAGACUGGGUUAUGUCAAGUCAUGAAGUAUGACAUGUAUCUUCGGAAUGAAGAAGGGAGUCUCGAACGGUAUAUCAAAGGGCUUCGGUGUUUUGAAGAUAUCAUGGUCGACAUCUUAUGUUCCGAACCAAAGAAAGAAGACGUAGAAAAGGCGAUUAAAGUCGCCAAAGAGUGUUACGACGAAAACGACUUUAAUAUCGCGUUUAUCAUCUAUUCAGUCUUGUCUCGUUCAUCAACAACAUGUGCUGCUAUAUGGGAAAAAGUCGACAAGAAAUACAUUCAAAUAUACGAGAAACUCCAAGACACGUUUUCAAUAAGUAAGAACCAUAAUAACUACAGAGUUUUAUUUGAGAUGCGCCCAUUCCCGAAAAUACCAAUUUUGUCGCUUUGGAUGCACGACGUUGUCAACAUCAAUGAGAUGGACACGUUCAUUCUCCCCGACAAAAAAUACUUGAACUUGGCCAAAAUCAGAAGUCUCUCUGAAUUCUUGAAAUUGAUUAACACCGCACAACUGAAUAAAUACGAGUACGUCCACAAUGACGAAGUCAUCGACUCUUUAAUGCGGCUGUUGAGAAUGUGA